AUGGGAAAGGAUAAGGCAAAGAACGCCAGAUCAAAGGGUGCUAAUAGCUGGGAGGCAUCAGCAAACAAUGCUAGCUUCCUAGGUUUCUCAGCAUUCACAUCAACGCUAUCAAGCGCGACAGAUCCCGAAUAUCAACUUGAUUCAGAUUAUCAAGUACAGUUUAAGAAGUUGUUGAAGAAGGAUGCAGUGAGCAGAAUGAAGGCAUUGGAGGAGUUGAAUAGUUUGUUUGGAAAGAUUGAUUUGGAGACAGAUAGUAGCGCAUCGAUACGCGCGUUGCUAAGUGCAUGGGAGUUGACAUAUAGGAAGCUUGUCAAUGAUGACGAUCGCAAGGUUAGAGAGAUGUCCUCACUCUGUCUAGGCACACUCGGCACCAAAGUUGGCAAGAACCUUGGUCCACACGUCAAACAUCUCUUUGGUCCAUGGCUAUUCUCCAUCUGUGAUCAAAAGGAUCAAUCAUACAACACUGCACUUCAAUCAUUCAAUACUAUCUUCCCUGAGAAGAAGAGAAGUGAUGUGUUUAGGUUCGCUCAUGAUACUGCAUUGCAAUAUCUGACGGAGAACCUGCAAGAGACGACUGGCACAUUGGGCGAUGGCAAGUCAGUCCCACCCGAGGUCCUCCAAGACCGUUAUGAUCGAUGUAUCUCCAACUCAUUGUUGGCAAUUGAAUACCUGAUUGAGAACUCAACAUCAAUGUCCACUUCAGCUGAUGAUCAAUCAUCAUCUUCAUCAUCGUCCUCGACAACUACAACGACACAAAGUAUCAAUCAAGACAUCUAUCAAGAGACAUUGGAGAAGCAAUUCUUUUCAUUCCUCUCAUCAAAGAGUGCAUACAUUCGAAAGACUUGCUAUCGCCUCAUCACCACGAUCAUCAAUCGUGUCCCCAACUUCUCAGACAACAACCUCAAAGACUUCUCCACCAAGAUACUCGGUCUAUUCUCCGAGAAGGAUCCAUCAACACAUCUCUUCAUGUGGGAUGCCAUCAUCUCAUUCCUCAAGAAAUACAAGGAGAAGGCUUGGGAGGGCGUGGAUGCGAGGAAGCAUGUGUUGCCAAGGUUCUGGGCAUUCUUGAGGACUGCUUGCUAUGGAUCGUACGAGAUAUCAUAUCCAAUGGUGCUACCAUUCCUUAGUUUCAUUCCAAACUCUGUGGUUGGCGACAGCGUGGCAUUCUUUGAAGAGUUCUUUGGCAACACACUCAAGGGUUUGGAGAUACUUGAGAACAUCAAGCAGUUUGGUUCAAGUGAGCGCGCUACUACCUACCUUCUCACAAGUGUACUCGAGUGUAUUGUAUUCUGUUCAAAGAAAUGGUCGACCAAUCAAGCGAUUGUCAAAUACUUGGUGUCCAACUUGUUUGGAUCGAUAUUGCUUGGAUACUUUAUGAAGGAGUACUCGCCUUACUCACAUCAGUUGACAAAGAAUGUUUGCGAAACAAUGCAAAGAUUGGUGGCCGCUCAGAAUGACCUGGUGGCCAGCGCACUCGAUGAUGUUGUCCAACGCCUAUACACUCAUACCACUAAUGCUUUGCUGGAGCUCGAGCCCAUCAAUGAUGACACCACGGCCACUCAAGAUGCUGCAGCCAAUCCAGACCCACGCCAACAAGCAAUCACAAUCAACACACUGUUUGCAAGAUAUCGUCUACUCUUUGAGCACAAGAGUACCACGCCAGCACUCUUCCAACAACUGUCCAAACAGCUAUUCCAAUUCUGUUGCCAGCACUUCAACCUCUCCAACGCCAUACUUCAAGACCGCAUGUUUGAGAUGAUCGGUGUCCUCCUGUCUCACUUCAACAUUCGCGCACUCCUCGAGCCCGAGAUCAAAGAUACCAAGCAAUUCGUCGAGGACUCACUCCUUCCCAACAUUAAGCUUGCGCUCAAUCAAUCAAACUCAAAGUCGAUAUAUAACUUGUUCAAUAUCUUCACGGUGAUUGCCAAUGGCAAUGAUCUGGUGGACUUCCAAUCGGUGUGGAGCAAGCUGGUUGACAUGCUAAAGGACGAGCAGAACAAUGUCUACCUGGUCAAUCUCAUUUCACAACUCAAGUGCGAUCGCUCAUCCCUCGCCUGUGCAUCCCUCAAUACCAUUGUCAACACCCACCUCCACUCUGAGCACAAGCACGACAACCAACUCUUCCAACUCCACUCCAUCAAUCAGACAAAGCACUCACUGAUGUCUGUCCUGAUCGUCUCUCCUGUCGAUGGAUCAUACUCCCCGCUCAUAGACACCUCCAGCAUCAUCGCGAUCAUCAACUGGGUCACUAAUGAGCUCAAGGAUAUUGUGUUGGCGAUCGUGCUCAAUGGUGGCGAGAUGGAGUUCUCUGCCGCGAACCUUAUAUAUGCGUCAAGAUUCAUCUUGUACGACCUGCACAGCACGGUCGAGCUGAACCCGGCCAAGAUAGCGCUGUGGCAAGAGAUUGCCAAGUCAGCCAUCCACCUGCAUCACCAGACAUCCAUCGACACCUCAGUCUACACCAAUCAACUGCGCAAGACCAUCUGCUCCGACACGAACACACUUCAACUGCACAAUCACUCGACCACUACCAUCUUGCUGCCGAUCAUCUUUGACAACCUGCAUGGACUGCGCGCGCCAGACACACAGUUCCUGGCGACCCUCACCCUGGACGUGAUUGGCACAAACGACUUGGCCGCCUCACUCGCACAGCUCUACCAACACUACUCACUCUCGGCCACCAAGUACACCAUGGCUCUCGACAUCUCCUGGCUGCAGACCGACAUGUCGCCAUUCCGUCCCCAGCGCCACAGCGUCCCCCUGGCCACCCAGGAGCAGUACUUCCGUCUGCACCUCUACUUGUUUGAGAUCAUGGGCAAGCUGAUGAAGAGGGAUGGUUCCGAGUCAGACCCAAUCACGGCCAUCCUCAAGUCUACCAAUAGCGACAAACUGAUCAUCCAGGUGCUCACAGGCUUGUUAUCGAUCGGCUGUAACAAUCCAAUCAGUCCGACAUUGCACAAACUACAAUCAAUGCAACAACUCAAACAAGAUGUGCUGUUGGCCAUGGUCAACAGAUCAGUGUCUACAGACGAUCAAUCAAUCAGCCAGGCAUCAUGGAUGAAGAUUCUUCUGGCCAGCGACAACACACUGGCGGUGGGCGUGCAGGACAAUAAUCAGCUGCUGCUCAAGAACAUACUUAGUGUGAUGGCCGAGGCUACCCUGACUACCGCGCGCAUUGCAUUCAUCGCGCUGAUACAGCAACAGCAUUUGAACAACUCGUACGACACAGUGGUGCAGUCACAUCACAAUCUCAACCUGUUCCAGCUCAUCCUUCCCUCACUCGUCGAGCAGCGAUCGCCAUUCGUCGAACAGGUACGAACAGCCUUGUUCAAGGACCUCGAGGCUAUCCAAAGCUCGAUGCCCAACGCGCUCGACCCAAUCUGCUUCAAGAUCUCACUGCUCUGCUCGAUCGCCACGUAUGACGACGAACAUCCACUCAAUGAGCAUGAGGGACACAUCCUGCUCAAGUUGCUUCAGAUGAUCCAACAGUGGCACCUGCGGGCACGCUCUGCACUCAUGAAGGAUCAGGCGAUCGAACUGGACGUGAUGGAGAUCCCCCUGUCGCAGUUGUUCAUCGUGGCCUCACAGUUCGUCGUGGCCAAGAGUCUGUUCCUGUCCACCAAUCAAUCACAGCUCAUUCAGACGUUGCUCAAUCAGUGGAUCUCUGAGAAGGACGCACAGGACCCCACGCUGCUCAAGCGAUACAACUCACUCAAGUUGUUCAACAUCAUCCUGUCCAAGGCGGACAACCAGCGCUUCAUUCUGCCCAACACGAGCGAGGAGUACCUGAUUGAGACGUCGUCGCUGUUGGUCGGCCAGUGGAUCGCCGGCCGCGCGCUCAUCUCCAACCUGGCGUACGUUGCUCUCUAUGACCUGUACUCGACGACGCUGGCCAAGAUACCCGUGGCCACGCAGUUCAGAAUCGCCCAGCUAAACCUCAAGCAGCUGUACGAGCUUGUGCAGUGCGAGCAUCCCAACAUCCAGCGUACAGCCUACAAUCUGUUGGCAUCAUACUUUACCAAUGAAUCGGUCGAGCUGGUCAAGGCAUUCGAGUUGGACGAAGACACGACAGAGUACAUCAUAUCGGACGAGCUGGCCGCCAUCCUCACACAGUUUGAACUGUGGAAGCAGCUCAAGGCUGACAAGCAAGACCAACACCUGAUGUCAAAGGUGGUUGGCACACUGAUGGUCUGGGACCUGGUGCUGCGCAACUAUGCCAUGCAAGACUUUACCAAGAAGGCUCCGAUCAAUGGCUACCUGAACGACAAGCGAAAGGUAUCGACACUGCUUACCUGCAUAUUCCCACUCACCAAGAAGGACGACUAUCACUCAGCGCCACACGUCGACUAUGAUGAGCUGCCGCGUGUCGACACAGAGAUCACUUAUGCCAACGUGCAGCACUGCUGCGCCUACAUGAUCUACGUGCUGGUAAACAACCUGCCGAGCAUGGCGCGAUGCUGGUGGUCGGACGACUGCAGCAGCAAGAUCUCGCAGCAGGUCGACGCGUACAUCACGCACUACAUCAGCCCGCUGAUCAUCAAGAACGAGAUACAGCUGGUCAACGCGCACAAGGAGCCUGCCGGCUCGAACUUUAGCAUCAAGGCGUCGUCCACCAUCAAGGAGGUGACGGCCAACUACGAGAAGGACGAGAUGACCAUCUCGCUGUCGCUGCAGAUCCCCGACGCGUACCCGCUGCGCGUGCUGCAAGUGGAGUUCUCCAAGAGGAUCGGCGUCACUGAGAUGCAGUGGAGGAAGUGGCUGCUGUCAAUGACAUCGCUGCUGCUCACCCAGGACGGAUCGAUCCUGGACGUGUGUCUGCUGUGGAAGAGCUCGCUGGACAAGCACUUCCAGGGCGUGGACCUCUGUCCCAUCUGUUACAGUCUCUUCUUCAACGGCACCAUUCCCAAGUUCCAAUGCAAGACCUGCAAGAACAAGUUCCACGCUGGUUGUAUCUACAAGUGGUUCUCCACCAGUCACAAGUCCACCUGUCCACUCUGCCAAACAGAGUUACAGUAA